UUUUCAUGACCUACAUACCUACUAUCUAAGUAUUCAACAAGAUAUAUAUAAAAAAAUAAAAUAAAAAAACAAAAUAAAAAAACAUUAUAACACAGAAGCGCACACCGAAUCAGCAAAGAGCAUCUAUAAGCCAUUUAUUCUAUGAUGAAAACACUUUCUGCUUUAUUAUUCGGUAUGGCUUUAAAUCCGUUUCGACCAUUCGGAGAUUCGCCAACCUAUCAAGAGGAAUAUCGAGGCAACAACUAUACACCAACAUUCAUAAAUACCGAAUACGGUCGCCAAAUUAUAGCACCAGAUACUCCAUAUGUAGCAGCAGCAGGCAAAAACUUACUAUACUUCAUCGACACCCGGCUUGAUGCUAAAACGGCAGGGCAUAUAAAACAACAAUUAGAAAGGGCGUUCGUACCAAACAUGGAGGAGAUCAUCUCUAUCAAUGAGUUUACCGCUACAGCAGAGACGGUAAACGCCGAGACCCGUGAAACAACAUUUACAUUUGAUCCUGUUUAUGCCAGAGUGCUAUUCGCCAAGGGAAUAAAUAAGCGUAACCCCGAGAUUAAGCUGGUUGAACAUAAGAUCGGUGGCGGUGAUUGGUUAGUGGCCUACGAUCUUGAUGUUACAUGUUCUUAAUGAAGAGGCAAUUUUACUGUUGCAGCUAUUGGACCAAGAUUGCGUCUGACAGGCAAAUGGCAAUGGUAUGAUAUAGCGUAUUUUACAUCUAGUGGCUAUAAGCCACUCAGUCUCAGCCGAUUUCGUCUUUAUGUUAAUUAUUCUGCCCUGCGUGUGUUCCAUGGAUUUCUAAAGCUAGCUUCUUAUAUGUACGCUUCUUACAGUUUGCCACAUUCUCAUGAAGCUCUCGAUGCAGGGUCUCGUCUUUUAAUGUGAGCUAUAUAUAUGUAGAGAAGCGAUAUUUAGACGCUCUCUCACGCAAGGUUGGGGACUAUUCGACAAAUUUGAG